UUCAGUCAACUAAUUGUGCCACUGACUGUCUUCGAAUAUAUCUACCAUGAAGCUUCUCUCAUGUCCCCGGUCAACAUUCAGACUAAAGCAUGGCGUAUAUCCUGUACGGAUACGAGCGAAAUCCUAGGACCCGUGUGUGCCGCAUUAUUGCCGCAGCGGAAGGGAUCGAACUUAGUCUGUCUGAGGUUGUUCCUCGACGAGGUGUAAAUAAAGCCAAGUACAUGGAGCGCUUUCCACGCAGUCGUGGUAAGAUACCUGCAUUAGAAACUGCCGAUACUCGAUUGACCGAAACCAUUGCUAUUGCGGUUUAUCUUGCCACAUUGCAUAAUCGCUCACGAUUGAUGGGUGACGGCUCCCCGCAAGAAACAGCUGAAAUCCUAUCGUGGGCAAACUGGGCAAACCAGGAAUUUCUUCAGAUUGCUGCUCAAUGGUUUCUUCCUCUCAUUCCAUCGUUCACCGAUCCUCCAUCGUACAACAAGGAUGCUGUCUCAGCAGGUCGCGCCGCAACACUUGAUAUCCUGGAAUUUCUUGAAACGCACCUCACGUCUCGAAUAUAUAUUGCUACUGAGCACAUAUCCAUUGCUGACAUCAUGCUUGUUAUAUACAUAUCUCGAUUAUUUGAAUGGGUUUUAGACCGCAAAUGGAGAGAGGUACAUCCUUCAGUCAUGGGCUACUUCGAGAGGGUCACAAGCUUUAACGCGGUUCAAGCGGUAAUACCGCGACAUGACUUCAUCAUGAUUGAAGAGGAGACUCCCAACAAGAUGCCAGACAGGAUCAAGUGAAGGGUCAAUUCCGUCGUAAUUAGAAGUCCGUCUAA